CGUCAUCGGAGCACCAUGGCGGAGCAGGGAGCUGGCGGCGACGGCCACAGGGGCGGCGACGGCGCUACGCAGAGCGACCCAGCGUCUGAUGGCUAUAAAGUGCAAGAGAAGAGAACCGCCCCCAGCCGCCCCACUUCUACAGUUUCAGGACAAACUAGCAACCACUCAGGAAAUAAGCCAGAUCCCCCACCUGUGCUACGGGUUGAUGACCGGCAGCGUCUGGCCAGAGAACGCCGUGAGGAACGAGAAAAACAGCUAGCUGCACGAGAAACUGUCUGGCUAGAGCGAGAAGAGCGAGCCCGGCAGCACUAUGAGAGACACCUGGAGGCACGGAAGAAGAAGCUAGAGGACCAGCGGCUGAAGGAGGAGCGGAGGAGGGCUGCAGUGGAGGAGAAGCGGAGGCAGAGGCUGGAGGAGGACAAGGAACGCCAUGAAGCUGUCGUCCGUCGGACGAUGGAAAGGAGCCAGAAGCCAAAGCAGAAGUAUAACCGGUGGUCAUGGGGAAGCCCUCUCCAUGGAAGCCCGAGCAUCCACAGUGGAGAUCCAGACAGGCGGUCAGUGUCCACCAUGAAUCUUUCGAAACAUGUUGAUCCUGUCAUUAGCAAGCGGCUCUCGUCCUCAUCUGCAACUUUGCUAAACUCUCCAGAUAGAGCUCGCCGCCUGCAGCUCAGCCCCUGGGAGAGCAGCGUUGUUAGCAGACUUCUGACGCCCACACAUUCGUUCCUGGCCAGAAGCAAAAGCACGGCCGCCUUGUCUGGAGACACAGCAUCUUGCAGCCCCAUCAUCAUGCCCUUCAAAGCUGCACACUCUAGAAACCCAGUGGAGCGACCAAAACUCUUUGUAACACCGCCUGAGGGCUCUGCACGAAGGAGGACCAUUCACGGGACAGCGAGCCAUAAAAGAGAGCGAGAAAGAGAACACAUUCCCUUCCACGUUUCCCCUGGUGUCCGCAGGACUCUGUCUCCAUCGAAUCUCAAAUCGAGGUCACCAGCUCCGGCCCGCCUCUGGCUCCCAUCCAAGUCCAUGCCUCAUCUACCUGGCACACCCCGACCCGCAUCCUCCUUGUCUCCUGGCUCAGUCAGAGCUGCUUCCACUCAGGCCCACUCCUCGUCUCCUGGCAACAUCCGCCCUGUCAAGAGAGAAGUGAAAGUAGAGCCUGAGAAAAAAGACCCCGAGAAGAAAGUAACCAAUGAGCCCUCAAUAAAAGGCAGGGCGCCAUUAGUGAAGGUAGAGGAGGUCACAGUCGAAGAGGGGACACCUGUGAAGCCAACUGACCCUGCUGUUCCAGACUCAGCCCCCGUUCCAACCCUGGCCCCUGCUCCAGCUGCGGACCCAGCCCCAGGCCCAGCACCGUUGUCCACUGUGACUGUUGGUGUAGCUCCUAAGACUUCUGCAGGCACCACCGACCCAGAAGAGGCUACAAGGCUGCUGGCUGAGAAGAGGCGUCUAGCCAGAGAGCAAAGGGAGAAGGAGGAAAGGGAGAGGAAGGAAAAGGAAGAACUGGAGAGACAAAAGAUAGAGGAAUUGGCGCGAAGAGUGGCUGAAGAGCGGAGUCGCAGGGAAGAGGAAGCCCGCAGGCUGGAAGCUGAGCAGGCGCGACAGAAAGAGGAGCAGGCGCUGCGUCUGGCUGAGGAGGAGCGGGAGCGGUGGGAGAGGGAGGAGGUGGAGCGCGUGCAGAAGCAGAAAGAAGAAGAAGCCCGAGCCCGGGAGGAGGCAGAGAGGGCUCGGCAGGAACGAGAGAAGCAUUUCCAGAAGGAAGAGCAGGAGCGCCUGGAGAGGAAGAAGCGACUUGAAGAGAUUAUGAGAAGAACCAGGAGGACAGAGACAGCGGAUAAGAAAACCACUGAGCAAAGAAAUGGUGACAUAGCCAAAGGAGUUUUCACUGGAGAGAGAGAGGUAUCUGCACUGCCAUGCAUGAGCUCUCCAGGAAGUGAAGAGUCUGCAGAGAGCCCACAUGGAGUCGCUUCACAGCAGUCAGAAGUGACCACAGAGAGUUGUCCAGAUUUGGAAAAACAGCCAAAUGAAAAUGGAAUGUCUGUACAAAGUGAAAAUUUUGAAGAAAUUAUAAACUUGCCUGUUGGAUCAAAAGCAUCCCGAUUAGAUGUCACCAGUGAGAGCCCAGAAAUUCCUUUGAAACCAAUUGUGGCCUUUAACGAUGAAGGGACACUUGGGCCCCUACCUCAGGUAGACGGUGUGCAGACACAACAGACCGCAGAAGUUAUAUGAGCAUGUCCUCUGAAGAACCAAAGCAAACGUUUUCUACAAGAAAUGGAAUUUCACCUCCCUCUGGUUUUCUAAAGAGUUCUUGACCGUCAUUUUUAAAAGACGUAUUAAAGACAGCUAAAGACAACAGACUCAGUAGCUUUUCUAGUCAUUUUCGCCAAGAGGAAGAAAUGCUCCUUAAUCUGAUACCCUGAGAUGGUAUUUUCCAACUUGUUCCUUCCUAGUAAAUCAAUAUUUUUCUGUGUUCUUUAAAAAAACAAAAGACCAUUUUAUUAUAAAAAGAAAUGGACUGGCAAGGCAUGAUUAUCACAUAGAUUUUUUUUUUCAUUUUUAAACUUCAAUAUGUAAGAUUGGCAAAAAUAAAAUACAUUUUUACAAUGUAAUACUUGACAAUGAGUACCUCUUUACUCUCCACAUAGAGUGAGUGGAGGGUAUUUAAACAAAUCUGAUUGGUUAAAUAAUACUUACUGCAAAAGCAGUUUGCAGAGACAGAAGGUGGCCAGGCUAACCCCACUCACCACAGCAUCCUGAAAACCCCGCUCACCACGGCAUCCUGAAGACCCCGCUCACCAUGGCAUCCUGAAGACCCCGCUCACCAUGGCAUCCUGAAGACUCCGCUCACCACGGCAUCCUGAAGACCCCGCUCACCACGGCAUCCUGAAGACCCCGCUCACCAUGGCAUCCUGAACCCCGCUGCCACAGUCUUCUGAGACUCCUUCUACGGAACUACACUGACAAGUUUGAAAAUGUGAAAACAUUUUUUUCAGAGCAAGAAAAUAGUUUGCUGUCCUCUUUG